CUGUAAACGCUGCAUUUUACAUUUACAACUACUUGCUUAUUUCGUUAGCUUCCGCGCAGAGUAUACCCCGGCAACAUGCCACGUAUUCGCAGCCCCUCCGACGCAGAAGUAAAGCAGCAGCCGCGCGCGUUCGCGCUGCUGCACCAGGUGUCUGCCGGCAGUCGCGGCGAUGGAGGCGAGGCCCUGCAGGCUGACCCACAGCUGCUGCAAGAGUUCGUCAAGCUUUACGGGCAGCCAACGGCCCAGGUGCCGGACGGAGAUAUCUCCUUUGCGGACUUCGCGGCCAUGUUCAGCCGGCCGGCUGUGGAUGGCAAGCCCGCCACCAGCUGCAUUGGCUAUGCCGCCCACGACAACGCGGGCGUGCUGGUGCCCAUGACCUUCGACCGCGCCGCGCCGGGGCCCAGCGAUGUGCGCAUCCAGAUCACGCACUGCGGUAUUUGUCACAGCGACCUGCACAUGGUGAAGAACGAGUGGAACAACGCCAUCUACCCCAUGGUGCCGGGCCAUGAGAUUGUGGGCAUUGUGACGGAGGUGGGCGAGGGCGUGACCAAAUUCAAGCCAGGCGACCGCGCGGGCGUGGGCUGCAUGGUGGACUCGUGCGGCUCCUGUGAGUUUUGCAAGGCGGAGUGCGGCGAGCAGCAGUUCUGCAAGGGGCAGGUGCUCACCUACAGCAGCAAGCUGCCGGAUGGAACAGUCACGAAGGGCGGCUACUCCGACUUCAUUGUGGUGAAAGAGUCGUUCGUGCUGCGAAUUCCGGACAGCCUGCCACUGGACGCCACCGCGCCGCUGCUGUGCGCCGGCAUCACCACGUACAGCCCGCUGCGGCACUUCGGCCUGGACAAGCCGGGCAUGCGCCUGGGUGUGGUGGGUCUGGGCGGUCUGGGCCACAUGGCCGUCAAGAUCGGCAAGGGCCUGGGCCUGCACGUCACCGUCAUCUCCACCUCCGAGGCCAAGCGCGAGGAGGCCGUCAAGCACCUGGGUGCGGAUGCGUUCAUUGUGUCCAAGGAUUCCGGGCAGAUGCAGGCCGCCGCCGGCAGCCUGGACGGCAUCAUCGACACCGUUUCUGCCAAGCAUGACCUGGCAGCGAUGGUGGCGCUGCUGCGAGUGGACGGGCGGCUUGUGCUGGUAGGCGUGCCCGAGGUGCCUCUGGACCUGCCCAGUGCAGCACUCAUCUUCAAGCGCGCCAUGGUGAGUGGCAGCCUGAUUGGCGGCAUCAAGCAGACUCAGGAGAUGCUGGACUUCUGCGGCGAGAAGGGCAUCACCGCCAGCAUUGAGAAGAUCCCCAUCGACUACGUCAACACCGCGUACGAGCGCAUGCUGCGCAGCGACGUGCGCUACCGGUUCGUCAUUGACAUUCAAGGCUCGCUGGUGCAGUAGACGCAGUUUGCGCAUGGCCGAGCAGCUGAUGAAUCGGAAGGGGUUGUAAAAGCUGAAUUGAGUUGUGACAAGCUGGAGGGGACAAGAGGCGUUGGCGUGGUGCUGCUGGUCUGUAUUGCCCCUGGGCUGCAGCCUGCAGGGCCCGCUGCUCAGGUACAUUGGACAGUCCUUAGACAGGCGCUGCCAUGGCACGCUGCUUGGGCCGACAGUGAGGUGGAUCGGGCCAUCAGGCUGUUGGCUUCGCGAAUCACAAGAGUGCUGGACGAUUGUGGAAAGUUCCCGUUG